AUGAGGUCCGCACACGUCUACGUCAAGGACGGAGGGGCGCUGGAGGUCAAGGUGCUCGACGACGUCCCCGUCCCUUCGCCGGCGCCGGACCAGGUCCUGAUCAAGGUCGCCGUGGCCGGCACGAACCCCAAGGAUUGGAAAGUGCCGCUGUUCAUGAAGGACCAGAACGGCACCAACACGGGCGACGACGUGGCCGGCCACGUCGAGGCCGUGGGGUCGGACGUGACCGAGUUCAAGGUCGGCGAUCGCGUCGCGGCGUUCCACAAGAUGAGGACCCCCCACGGGGCCUUUGCCGAGUACGCGAUUGCGCCGGCCAAGACGACGUUCCACCUGCCGGACAAGACCUCGUUCGAGGAGGCGGCCACGAUCCCGUUGGCCGCCAUGACGGCUGCGGUGGGAUUGUUUUCCCGCCUGGGACUCCCGGAGCCCUGGGUCGGGCAGCAGGUCUCGCAGGCCCGCAAGGAUGCCACUGCCGGUGGAGUCGUUGUCUACGGCGCCUCGUCCGCCGUGGGCGCCUUCGCCGUCAAGCUACUCACCCGUGCCCAGAUCCAUCCCAUCAUUUGCGUCGCCGGUCGAGCCCGGUCGUUUGUCGAGGGGCUGAUCGACAAGUCCAAGGGCGACGUCGUGAUUGAUUAUCGACCGGGGGCUGACCAUGUCGUUUCUGCCAUAAAGAAUGCUGUCCCCAAGGGCGGGAGAUUGUUGUACGCCUUUGACGCCGUCAGUGAGAAGGGGAGUUAUCAACAAAUAGUUCAGGUUCUGGACCCAAAGGGCCACAUCACACUCGUCCUGCCCGGGCGAAAGUAUGAAGACAUCCCAGAGACGGUCCAUCAGAGCCUGACUGCGGUUGGCGCUGUGCACGGUGUCCCCGACGAUCUCACCGACUUCGGAUAUGCGUGGUUCCGACUGUUCGCCUUGGGCCUCCAAGAAGGCUGGUUCAGUGGACACCCAUAUGAGCUUCUCCCAGGGGGCCUUCACGCCGUCCAAAAAGGGUUGGAGAAUUUGAGAGAAGGCAAAGCCAGUGCCGUGAAGUAUGUCUAUCGCAUCGACGAUACCGGCCCGCCCGACAAGAGUAUGAUUUGA